UUCUUUCGCGGUGCUCCGCUUGGGCCCCGAUACGAAAAAAGUUGCCCCCCUCUUUGGUGCGCCCGGCCGGCAAACCGCCGUUCCGAGUUCGGCAGCCACAACACGACGCAUCGGCGCGCGCGCAGGCAGUGUCGUUGGUGGUUGUGUGGCGGCCGCUUGUUUCAGUUCACGAUUCGCGCUGUGUAGUUGUAGUUGAGGAGUGACGCUGCUUUCUUAUUUUUUUUUAUGGUCUCGUUGCGAAUGGUGGGUCGUCGCAGGUGACCGGUGGGAACAUUGCCGGACGCCUUGAUUUGUUUUCGUGUUUGCUGUUAGUUAUAAUUCUUUUUUUUCUUUUUUCGGCGGAGAGCAAAAGAGACUGUGCUUCGUUACAGCGUGAGCUUAACUUCUCAUGGUUCCCUGCUGCCACUGCGUCGUCUGCCUCACCAGACGAGGGCCAUGCGGACGGUACCGGCUACGACGGCCAUCUUGCUAGCAACCCUGGGCAUCACAGUCACGGGGCCCCGGCGGUGGGGUGCCACCGCCUCCUCGUCGCCGUCGAUACCGCUGGUCCAUCACCACCAGAGCCACGCGACGCCCGACGACCACUGCCGGCAGCCGGGUCCUCUGGGACUGCUGGCGGGUCGGCUGCAGGAGUGGCAGCUGAGCGCCAGCUCGACGCGCCAGCCCGAAUGCCAGCUGCGCUACGCCCGCGUGCUCGAGCUGGCCUCGCGCGGUGCCUGGUGUCCCGCCAAGGAUGCCGACACCGAGUGGAUACAGGUGGACCUGGGCGCCGACGCUAAGAUCACGGGCCUGCUGACUCAAGGCCGCGGCGACGGUCGUGAGUGGGUCUCUUCGUUCGCCGUGUCGUACAGCAUGGACGCCUACCACUGGAAGCACUGCCUCGACGUCCAUGGGAACAAAAAGGCGUUCCUGGGCAACACUGACUCUCACAGCCUGAAGUUGAGCUACCUUGAUCCUCCGGUGCACGCCCGCUUCCUUCGACUGCACGUGCUGCGCUGGCACGGCCGGCCCAGUCUGCGCUUCGAACCUCUCGGAUGCCAGGAGUGCAACGAGGUGAUCUCGGUGCCUCCCGUGGCGCGACUGACGGCUUCCAGCUGGCGUCCCUGGCACCCGCAGCAGGGCUCGUGCAGCCCCGACGAGGGGCAGCUAUUCGCCAGGGGCGGUUGGUGCGCGCUCAGGAACAACGGCAACCAGUGGCUUCAGUGUUUAGUGUAUCUCCCAUGA